GGGCCGCGGCUCGAGGGGAAGGUGAGGACUGAGAAAGUGUUGACCGACAAGCAAGCGCCGGCAUGGAACGAGGAGAAGGUUCUAGCCACGUUGUGCGCUGCCGAGUCAUGUCCCCUGCGGGCCCUGCGUGGCCAAGAGUCCGAGUCCUCUGGGCGCUGUGGGCACUGCUAGCGGUGCUAUUGGCGCCGUGGAGGCUGUGGGCGGUCGAUGAUGUCCAGGAGUGCACCUGGCAGGUUGUCCUGAACAAGUUUGAGACGAUAGGCAACAACAGCGCCAGCGACCGCUUCUUUGAUCAAGAGCCCCAGGACACAGUGGGCAACGUGUUCAACAUGCUGGUGGACGCGCCCAUUGACCCGGGCGAGGUGAGGGGACCAAUGAAGCGAACCAGAGGGAUCCUGAACCCGUAUCUCACUCGGCUCUGGACAUUUCGCCCAACCUCUUCUUUGCAGAGAUACCUGGGCUUUCCUUAUUACCUGAAGAUCAACUACUCCUGCGAGGGACAGCUCUUCAACCUGAUGCCCCAGUACUUUGUGAAUGCCCCAUCAAGGCCCCUGUGGCACACUGUGAACCAGGCACCUGUGCUCAUCCUGGGUGGCAUUCCUAAUGAGAAGUUCAUCCUGCUGACUGACACCAACUUCAAGGACGUCUCUCUAGUGGAGCUGAGCAUUGACAGUUGCUGGGGAGGCUCCUUCUACUGUCCCAAAGCUGCCUUCACAGCCACCAUCUAUGAUGCCAUCGCCACCGAGAGUACCCUCUUCAUUCGGCAGAACCAGCUCGUCUACUAUUUUACAGGCACCUACAUCACACUCCAUGAGAGCAACCAUGGCAGCGGCAGGUGGGUUCGUGUCCUGGCCAAUGAAUGCAUCAAGAUGCUGUGCCCUGUGCAUUUCCAUGGCAAUGGCUCUGAGUACAUAAUGGCUCUCAGCGUUGGCAAGCAGGAGGGUUAUGUCUACCUUGGGACAAUCACAGAUGGCCGCGUGUCCUUUGAGAUGCUGCCCAGGCGUGGGUCUGUGUGCAAAGAGCUACAAGUUGACAGCUGCUCCAUAGUCUGGGCUGAAUUCAUCCCGGACAACUCCCAACUACUACUGCUGGUAGAGAGUGAAUACCCCAAUGCCAAGAAGAAUUUCCAGGUGGUCAGCUACAACCCGGUCAGUGAUGAGCUGAAAAUCCUCUACAACAUCCCAGAAUUCAUCCCUGACGCACGAGGCUUGGAGUUCCUGAUGAUGCUGGGCACAGAGUCAUACACCAGCUUCCCAAUGGUACCCAAGGGCAUGUUAUAUAAUCCGUACAACAACAUGCUGUUCAUCUGGGGCAACUUCCUCCUGCAGAGCUUUAAUGAGGAAACCUUCUUCUACCUGGCAGACUUCCCCAAGGAGUUGUCCAUCAAAUACCUGGUCAACUCGUUCCGUGGGGACAUGGCUAUUGUCACAGAGACCGAGGAGAUCUGGUACUUGGUGGAGGGCAGCUACCAGGUGCACAGGCUGUUCCCGUCCAGGGGCUGGGAGGUACAUGUCAGCCUACAGGGGAUGCAUCAGUCCUCUCUCUAUGCCCCCAAUGAGACCAUGGUGACCCUCUUCUAUGAAGACAACAGGCUGUACCAGCUGGUGUACCUUAUAAAUGGCCAGCAGGGCCGGCUAGUCAAGAGGCAUGUGCCUGUGGAAGAACUUCUGAUGUACCAGCAGCACAAUAGCCGCUACCACGUGGAACAACGAGGGGGCCACCGGGUGCUCUCCUUCCCCAACCUCUGCCCCUUCACGGUGAUAAGCCUGCGGAAGCUGCCCAACCCGCAGAGAUACACGCGCCAGGAGCGAUACCGGGCGCGGCCGCCGCUGGUCUUGGAGCGCUCGGGCUUCCACCACGAGAACUCGCUCGCCGUCUAUCAGGGCCUCGUCUACUACCUGCUCUGGCUGCACUCCAAGUACGACAAGCCGUACGCUGAUCCGGUGCACGACCCCACGUGGCGCUGGUGGAAGAACAAUAAACAGGACGAGGAUUACUAUUUCUACCUUGCGAGCAACUGGCGGAGCGCGGGUGGCGUGCACAUCGAUAUGGCCAGCUAUGAAAAGAUCUACGAUCUCAAGUCCGAACACGAACUACCCGAGCGCAUUUUCCUGGACAAGGGCGCCAGCUACAGAUUCUCCAUCUUCGUGACGGCGCAGGGCCACUCGUUCAGGCUGCAGACGAAUCUCGGAAACCCCUACCAGCUGAGUAGCCAGGUGGACCUGGGCGUGGUGCUGGCCGAUCCCGACUGCUUGGAGGCGGUGGUGAGGCAGGAGAUCCUUAUUAAUCGCAACUCCGUGCUGUUUUCGAUUACACUCCAGGAUAAACGCCUUUGCUAUGACCAGGGCCUUAGUGGACAUCACCUCAUGAAGUCUUCCAUGAUGAUCAAGGUAGUGGGUUCUUCUGGGCACUGCAUCCAGAACACUCACCGGGGAGCCCGCAUGCAAGGCAACAUGAUGGUGCCAGUGUUUAUCGGCUGCCCCCCUGGCAAGCGCCUGGCCUUUGACAUCACCUACACGCUGCAGUACAACCGCCAGCAGAACAAACACUACUUCGACUGCAUACGUGUUGACCCCGAGAUGCCCUGCUUUCUCUUCCGUGAUCUUUUCUACCCCUUCUUCUUGAUUCAAGAUUUGGUGACGGGAGACUCCGGCAGUUUUCAGGGCAGCUACGUGCUGAAGGUGGUGGGCGGCGGGCCCACGCUGGACAGCAUCAAGGACUACAGCGAAGAGGAAAUCUACCACUUCAACAGCCCCCUGGACAGGUGCAAGGUCUCAGAUUCUCCACCAGGGGAGGAUGACAUGGAGGGCUCAGCAGCUGGGGACCUGUCAGGUGCAGGGUCUGGUGGCAGCUCUGGCUGGGGCUCAGGGGCCGGUGAGGAGGCAGAGGGCGAUGAGGAUGAGAACAUGGUGUACUACUUCCUGGAGGAGAGCACGGGCUAUAUGGAGCCUGCCCUGCGGUGCUUGAGCCUGCUGCACACACUGGUGGCCUUUCUCUGCAUCAUUGGCUACAACUGCCUCAAGGCUCCCAGGUGGCUGUGUCUGGAGAACUCUCCAUGUUACGACGCUGUUCCCCAGAGCAUCUUCGCCCCUGAAUUCUUCUUCAAGGUGCUGGUGAGCAAUAGGGAUGUGGACAAGAGCACAUACUGCAACUACGAGCUCACCUUUUUGCUGCACAUCCAUGGGCUCCCACUCAGUGCCAGGCGGGCCCUCUUCAUCGUCAUUGUGUCGGCCAGUGUGUCUGUGGGCCUGGUGACCCUGUACAUCGUCUUCUGCCUCCUGUGGCCCAUAAUGGUGAAGGCUUACAACAUCCUCCGCUGGAAGAUUAACAACCUCGUCAUCUCAGAUUCCUACUCCACCUACCUCACUCCUUCUGGAGUCUUCAGCAUGCCCUCUCAAAGAAGUUUCAGAAUCAACUCCAAGGAGGCAGAGAACAGGGCUGAACCCAAGGAAAUCUUGGAGAAGUGGCUGACCUGAGCCUCUUGCCAGCCCCAACCCCCGCCCACCUUCCCACCUCUUCUACUAGGCCUGCCUUGGAAAUGCAUCCUGUCACCCAUCCCAGGCCUUUCUGUUUUGCUUGAAUGUUCAUUUCUUGUUCGUGCCUAAAUAAAACCUCCUGAAGGACCAGCUGUGGGUCCUCAUAAGGGUU